CCCGAGUCGGUCCCGAAGCGGAAGUGCUUCUCCAGGCCAGUCUUGUAACGGUCUCCUCUGCAGCGAGCAGAAAAUCUGUUGUCGAGAGAGAGGUUGAGGGGGCGAGAGCUAGGGGUGAUGGCUGAGUGAUGGGGAGUUCUAUGGGACGAAUGAAGGGGGAUUUGUGGGGGUCAUUGAUGUGGGAGUUUUUGGGGUGAAUGAUGGGGGACCGAGAGGUCAGUGAAUGCGGGUCUGUGAGCUCAAUGGUGGACGAAGUUAUGGGGCUAGUCAGGGCUGAAUGGGGCUUAUUCAACUUUGACUUUUACACAUUUUCCAGCACAGUGACCUGCGCUAAGGGUUCAUACGCAUCCCUCCUUAGGCACGCCCCGCCUCUCUCUCUGCCCCUCUCCCCUUGCCCCAGCCGCUAGGUAGGGGCCUGGUGUGAAUGAUCCAGCUGAAUCUGCAUCCGAAGGCUUCCUUCCGGCUCCUGGGCAAGACGGCCCCAGUGAGCUCAGCCUUCACACAUCUCUGCCUUUUCCCCAGAAGAGCAGGAAAUGGCCGAACCCCAGGGACUUGUGACAUUUGAGGAUGUGGCUGUGGAUUUCACCCAGGAGGAGUGGCAGUACCUGAACCCUCCACAGAGGACCCUAUACAGAGAUGUGAUGCUGGAGACCUAUAGCAACGUGGUCUCCGUGGCAGGGCAGCAGGUUACCAAACCAGACCUCAUCCUCAAAUUGGAGGUAGAAGAGCCAUGCCCGGCAGAAGGAAUAAUCCCAAUUUGGAGCUUUCCAGAAGAAGCCUGCCAAGUUGAUGAACGGAUUGAGAGACAGCACCAGGAUGACAAAGAUAAAUGUUUGUUGAUGCAAGUUAGAUUCCCUGACAAGAAAUCAGUUACCACCAAGAGUGACCAUGACUAUGAUGAAUUUGGAAACACACUUCACCUGAGUACAAACCUUGUUGUUUCAAUACAAAGACCCCAUAAAUAUGAGUCAUUUGGAAAUAAUAUGGUAGAUAAUUUAGACUUAUGUAGUAGAAGCUCUGCAGGAAAGAAACAUGAUAAUGGAUGUGCAAAAUUAUUCUUCCAUACUGAGUAUGAGAAAACAACUCCUGGAGUGAAACCCUAUGGAUAUAAAGAGUGUGGAAAGGCCCUCAGGCGAAAGAAAGGUCUUAGUCUGCAUCAGAGAAUUAAAAAUGGAGAGAAACCCUUUGAAUGUACUGUGUGUAGGAAAACGUUCAGCAAGAAGUCACACCUCAUUGUACAUUGGAGAACUCAUACGGGAGAGAAACCCUUUGGAUGUACUGAAUGUGGAAAAGCCUUUAGCCAAAAAUCUCAACUCAUUAUACACCUGAGAACUCAUACAGGAGAGCGACCCUUUGAGUGUCCAGAAUGUGGAAAAGCCUUCAGAGAAAAGUCAACUGUCAUCAUUCAUUACAGGACUCACACAGGAGAGAAACCUUAUGAAUGUAAUGAAUGUGGAAAAGCCUUCACUCAGAAGUCAAACCUCAUUGUCCAUCAGAAAACCCACACAGGAGAGAAGACUUAUGAAUGCACUAAAUGUGGGGAAUCCUUCAUACAGAAGCUUGAUCUAAUUAUACAUCAUAGUACUCAUACAGGGAAGAAACCCCAUGAAUGUAAUGAGUGUAAGAAAACUUUCAGUGAUAAGUCAACUCUCAUUAUACAUCAAAGAACUCAUACGGGAGAGAAACCUCAUAAAUGUACUGAAUGUGGGAAGUCUUUCAAUGAGAAGUCAACCCUCAUCGUGCAUCAGAGAACUCAUACAGGAGAGAAACCCUAUGAAUGUGAUGUGUGUGGAAAAACUUUCACCCAAAAGUCAAACCUUGGUGUACAUCAGAGAACUCAUUCAGGAGAGAAACCUUUUGAAUGUAAUGAAUGUGAGAAAGCAUUCUCUCAGAAAUCCUAUCUCAUGCUACACCAGAGAGGUCAUACAGGAGAGAAGCCCUAUGAGUGCAAUGAAUGUGAAAAAGCAUUUUCCCAGAAGUCAUAUCUCAUUAUACAUCAAAGAACUCAUACAGAAGAAAAACCAUAUAAAUGUAAUGAAUGUGGCAAAGCCUUCAGAGAAAAGUCAAAGCUUAUUAUACAUCAGAGAAUUCAUACAGGAGAGAAACCCUAUGAAUGUCCUGUAUGUUGGAAAGCUUUUAGCCAGAAGUCACAGCUCAUAAUACAUCAGAGAACACACACAGGAGAGAAACCCUAUGCAUGCACUGAGUGUGGCAAAGCCUUCAGAGAAAAAUCAACAUUCACAGUACACCAGAGAACUCACACUGGAGAGAAACCCUAUAAGUGUACAGAAUGUGGGAAAGCCUUUACCCAAAAAUCAAACCUUAUUGUACAUCAGAGAACACAUACAGGAAAGAAGGCCCAUGGGAAAGGCCACACCCGAAAGUCAAAGCUCAUUGCACACUAGAGAGUAAAUCAACAGUGCCUGUUACAUACACUGAAGGAAAGCUUUGUUGAUUUAAGUAACAUUUUAAAAGUAUGUUCUGACUUCUGGUUUAAAUAUGGGGAGUAAAAUCAGCAUUUUUUCUUUCCAUCUCAGGCUUCACCCAAAAGCUACAGGGAGAAAAAGCAGCAGAAGUGUAAUCUCUGUAUCUGACAAAAUUAGAAGAGAGCGGAAACCCUGAUGAGAGGCCUGCAGAGGCAGAGGAACUUAAGCACCAGCGCAGGAGAUCUCAGAGCAGGGAACACUCACAGCUGCAGAUGUGAGAUAGCACUGGGAAGGAGUCUUUGCUGAGGUUUAGGAUAUACUGAGUGCAAGACCAUACACAUACAUGGUAGCAGUAAGAGAGGGCAUGGGCAGGUGGGAGGUAGGAAGUUUCCUAGAUCCAUUUGGGUCCUCAACAAGGAAUCACUCAGACAAGCCAUACUUACAGAAAGUAGCCUGUACUCAUGGGAGGAGCAGUUGGCGGGGGCUAGGGCAAGAGAAGGGAGUGCUCCUUGUGAAGAACCCUACAGCUGCCCCUAUUUACUGACUCAGGAGAAGUCAAGUUGAAAGAACAACCAA